AUGUCUCAUAAUUUAGAGAUUAUGAGUCACGUAAACGAAAACGAAAAUAAUGUGAGCGACGUUGAUGACGUUGCAGGUGACGAUGACGUUGAGUCCCUGGCGGGUGGGGUCCUGAGUGAGUGUGAAUCGGUCCGGAUCCGGAGUGGAGGUGGAUCCUUUGAUCCUGAUCUAGAGGGGAUUGUGGGCAAUGAAGAAGGUCAAAUUACGGACAAUGGCGUCGUACUCGCAUCGGAAGAGACUGACAAAGAAAAGAAAGCCCGGCCGAAACUCCAGCAUGUGGCUUUGACGCUUUGGGACACCGACGAAGUCCAUCGCGAAGAGUUAAAGAGAAUGCACAAGCGUUGGAAAUGGAUCGGUGUGCUGCAUGGUAAAGAGUACUGUCCUGACACUGGUAGACCACACAUGCACGUAGACAAACUAGGAUACUUCAAAUACUGCAAGAAGGAUGGUGAUUUCAGAAUCACAGGGGAGAUUUUCACUGAUUCUAAUCGCAAGGGAGAGGAGCGCCAAGAUCGGCACGAUCUCCGAAAUGCCAUUUACGAGGAGGGGAUUUGCGACUUGAAGCUAUUGAGAUAUCGAUUCCCGAACCAGAUGAUGGCUCCAGGCGGGGAGAGGUAUGCCAGGCAAUUGAUUAAUGAUGUUACACCUGUGCGCGAACCUGAAAAGUUCGACAAGGAGCACCUGUGGCAACGGGAAUUGAGAAGCAAGCUAAUGCAACCUGACAACGGUCGUGAGAUCAUCACCAUUCACAGCAUGCAAACACGUCAAGGCAAAUCGAAGUUCAUGCAACAUUUGAAAUGGGAAUACAACCAGAAAAGGGAGGGAUCUGCUCUCAUCCUAACGGUUGCGCCAGCUAAGGAUCUCAUUGACACCAUCAAAGAUUACAGGCAUUCUUUGGAGCUCCUGGUGCUUGAAAUCCCUAAAGCAAAAGGAGAGCCUGCAUUUCUCAAGGGGGUCUUUUCGUUGUUGGAACUCAUUAAGAACGGGGAGGCAUUUGCACCCAAGUACACCACAGAACCGGUGCGGUUUAGGAACAAUGUCAAAAUCAUCAUUUGCAGGAACGACAUGCAUAAGCCCGAUUCGUUAUACGGGAAAGACAGGGAGGCGUAUAUGGACGUCAGCAUUGACACAUGGGAGUGGGUGCCUCAUCGAGUGUUGGAAGAGAGGUGGAACGAACAGCACCCUGGCGAUGAAAUCACAAUUUUUGAAGAAGACUAUGACGAGGAAGGGUGGUUUGUCGAAUGGCACGGCAAGAAGAAAACGGAUCACGGAGAAUGGUUCAGAGGAAGGACGGUGGAAAAGCAAAUCGAGGAGAUGAAGGCUGAACACGAAAAGAAUGUCAUUAACAACGCUAGGCGUUUGAGUCAACUAAGGAGGAAAUACCUUGAGUUGAAAAUUGCGACUUGGAUUUACCGACAGUUGAAACCCGAAACAGAGGAGGAGGGAGAGGCACAGAUGGAGGAGGAGACACCAGAGACACCGGAGCCUCUUACUAUGGAGGAGAGGGCCAUGGUUGAAACGCUUCGAAAAAUCAACAGGAACAGGGGUGACGUUCUACUGAAGAAUCACAAGAGAGCCGCCGGAAUGUUGAAGAGGAAGAGAGAAAAAGAGGAGGGAGGAUGCGGCUUUCGAAUACAACUGCAAGAGACACAGGGAUUGAUUGAAUAUGUAUAG